AUUGGUGAUUAUAUGAUGAAAUAUAAAUGAAAUGAAAUCAUGACUCUUGGGAGAAGAUUAGAAGUCUAGAAGGUGAGUCCUCAUAGUCUUAUGUAAAAACAAUUUAGUCUUUGGUCUUUUCACUUUGGACUUCUGAUUGGAAUUUAAUGUAAACUUUAGGCAAUAUAAAAUAUAAAUUUAUUUUUCUAACAUUUAUAUGAGGCGGGUUAUAAACGGAGGGGAUCGGUGAUGAUCCAUAUCCGACCCUUUUAAUAAAAGGGUUAGCGGGUACGGGUCGUUAACGGGUAAACGGGUCAAAAAAACUAUGCUCCAAACCCAUAUAAUUGUUAAGGGUUUGGAUCGGAUCAGGGUCAAAACUCGCUCUAUUGUCAGGCCUAUUCAGAAGUGAUUAAGUUUUGUUUUAUUUCUUUUUUACUUAAGGCACUUAAUAUAUAAAAAACUGAAUGAGUUAAGUUAGGAAAAGGUUGUCUUUUUUUUUUUUUUUUUUUGCAUGCUUUAAAUAUAAAAGAAAUGCUCAAAAUCUAUGCAAAUGAACUAAAGUCAUAUUGUUUUCAAUCAGGCCAUGGAAACCCAACAUUUUUAUCAUCCUUUGGUAGCAAAGACAUCAACUAUUAGUCUCUUGAAUGUUAGAGGGACGUCAAACCUUGGUUUCGAUGCAACCUUCAUAAAGCCACACAAACACAAACAACACUCUUUUCAGAGCGGAUGCGGAGACUACUACAAGAUUAAGCAUGGGAAUUGUCGGAUGACAAGGUCAUAUAGGAAAGUUGCAUCAAUUGUGGCCAAGGUAUCCAACUUAGAAGAAUACAAGUGCGUGCAAGAAGUAGUUAUGACAAACCAAUCCAAGUUCCAAAAGACGCUCAUGAUUUGGGCAGAAUACAAGUGUGUGUCAGCGAUAAUAACAGCCAUUGCAAGAGUCAUGAUAAGUCAACCGAAGCUCCUAGUGAUGCUGGCGAUGGCUGGAAUGACCAUGUCGAUUAAUUUCGUGUUCAUUUUGUGGCGAGAAUCUGCACCCGACUUCCCACCUCUUUGGUUUAAAGCUCUUACUGCAACCAUUCCAUUUUUACCUGUCCUCCUUAACUUUCUUCUCAUCCCAAAAACCACCACCGUCAGGUAUACAGUUGCUGCCUCCAUUCUCGGACAGACUCUUGGAUUAGUGGCCCUCAAACGCUUUUACGCCAACCGAACCUUCUCUCACCGCCUCUGACUUCUCGUGAUGCGUCUUAUAUUCUAUGUCAUGUGAAUGUUUGUUAAAAAGGUCUAAUAAACCCAUCUAAUUGUUAACCUAUUUUAAAUGAAAAACCUCUUUUUGUAA